UGAAGUUUGUUUAGUUGUCAAUUUGAACCCUCUUCUGAAUAUAUUGAAUAAAAGGACUGACGAAGGUCAGUCGAAGGUCAGUCAGGCCGUCAGAAGAGAAAAAAUGUCAACCGUGGGUAGCUUAGACAGUGUUGUUGCUUUACCUACCCUUUCCCAUUUCCCCUAAUCACAAUUGAAACCCUAAUCUUCUAUUCUUCUCCAACAAUUCGAUUCACAGCUCUCUCUCCUUCUUUCUCUCUGAAAUGGAGAAUUCAACCCAGGAGUCCCAACUCAGAUCCGAAAACUCCGUCACCUAUGAGUCACCAUACCCCAUCUACGCCAUGUCCUUCUCUUCCUCCACCCGACCACCCCACCACCACCGCAUCGCCAUCGGCAGCUUCAUCGAAGAGUACAACAACCGCGUCGACAUCCUCUCAUUCGACGAAGAAACCCUAACCCUAAAAAACAACCCUAACCUCUCCUUCGAACACCCUUACCCUCCCACCAAGCUCAUGUUCCACCCCAACCCUAAUUCCUCUCUCCGCAAGUCCUCCUCCGACCUCCUCGCCUCCUCCGGCGACUAUCUCCGCCUCUGGGAAGUCCGAGACAACUCCGUCGAGUCGCUCUCCGUACUCAACAACAGCAAGACCAGUGAAUUCUGCGCUCCGUUGACCUCCUUCGACUGGAACGAGGUCGAGCCUCGGAGAAUCGGGACGUCGAGCAUCGACACCACGUGCACGAUUUGGGAUGUUGAGAGAGGGGUUGUGGAGACUCAGCUGAUUGCUCACGAUAAGGAGGUUUACGACAUUGCUUGGGGUGAAGCUGGGGUUUUUGCCUCUGUUUCCGCGGAUGGGUCGGUGAGGAUUUUCGAUUUGAGAGACAAAGAACACUCCACCAUUAUAUAUGAGAGUCCCCAACCGGACACUCCGUUGCUUAGGUUGGCUUGGAACAAGCAGGACUUGAGGUACAUGGCCACCAUUUUGAUGGAUAGUAAUAAGGUUGUGAUUUUGGACAUUAGGUCUCCCACGAUGCCGGUGGCGGAGUUGGAGAGGCACAGGGCGAGUGUGAAUGCCAUUUCUUGGGCUCCGCAGAGUCCUAGGCAUAUUUGUUCAGCAGGGGAUGAUACACAGGCGCUCAUUUGGGAGUUGCCCACGAUUGCUGGACCCAAUGGGAUUGAUCCGAUGUCGAUGUACUCAGCUGGCUCUGAAAUUAACCAGCUACAGUGGUCGGCAACUCAGGCUGAAUGGAUUGCAAUUGCAUUUUCCAACAAAAUGCAGCUUUUGAAAGUUUGAGAUCCCGCAGGAUGGCAUGAUGAAUAGGAUGUUUAACCUGUUGUCUUCCUCUAAGCUUAAUUUUUGCUUACACAAGCACCACAAAUAACUUGACGGAGAUUGAUCCUCGGAUGCUGGUGAGGAAUGUUGUGGUAUUCAAUUUAAGAAAUGAUGGAUGGAGGUAACUGUUACAAGUUUAGUUGUUCCUUUCUUUUUUCGGUUAGUAAGUUUAGUUGUUCCUUCGGUCAUUGUGUACUGCAUAUUCCAAUCCAUUGCUUAGGUUCCACCCUGUUUAGUGUACAUGUUGAAGGACCUUAGUUAGUUAUUGUGACGUGUGGGAUUGCUGAUUAAAUUUCGUCAAAUGUGGCUACUUAUUUUUGUAACCAAGUGUACCUGUUAUGUCGUACGUCUUCCUGCUUCUAAUGUAGUAAUGUUGAAACUCGGUGACAUUCUAAAAAUUUCAGGAUAUUAUUCUA